ACUCUAGAACUGAGACGUCUACUGUAAUACGAAUGCCUCGGGAUAACGGUGACACCCUUAAGAUUUCCUGGAGUUCAAUUGCAAACUGAGUCCACUGCGUCGUGCCCGAAGUUCAACUGUACCAACCACAACCAUUUCCAUCUACAAUGCUCAUCCUCAAGGAACGCGAUGUGUACGGCUUGCUGUCUGAUCUCACGGUCCCAGAAUGUCGACGACUUCUUGACAGCAUGCAUAACGUCCUCCGAGAAUAUACACGCACGAAGCAUGCGGCGGCGUCGAACCGCUCAAUACAUCAACCGCUUCGAACAGUCAUCACCACUAAGCUCGGAAACACCGCAUUAUUCAUGCCCUCGUCCGUAACGACGACCACGGGCAUGAAGGUAGUCACUGUCAGCCAAGCAGGCUUGAAAGGAGCCAUUAAUGUGUUUUCUCCCGACGGAACGCUACUGGGUCUUCUGAACGCCGAUCACGUCACGGCCUUCCGGACCGCCUUGGCCGUUAUGAUUCCCUAUGUGCGAUAUCCGUAUUCAAAGGAUAACAUCGUCGUCUUUGGCGCGGGGAGACAGGCAGAAUGGCACCUCAAAUUGGCUUUGCUGUUGGGCGAGGGUGCAGUGAAGCAUGUCACGGUCGUCAAUCGGAGUACACCACGAACCAUGGAACAAUUGUUCGAGACGUUGCGACAAAAGUAUCCAGGAACCUCUUUCGAGAUGCUUCUAAAGACAGACUCGGAUUACAAUGCAAAACUAGAAGAACGUCUUAAAGCGUCCAAUGUGGUGUGUUGUACCACACCCGCAACCGAGCCUCAUUUCCCGGCCUCAUAUCUCGACCACAAUCCACGCUACAUCUCACUCAUUGGAUCGUACAAGCCAGAGAUGCAGGAAGUUGAUGCCGAGACGCUGCUCUCGGGUGAAUACAUCUACGUCGACACCGAGGAGGGAUGCCUUUCGGAAGCAGGAGAGCUGAUCAAAGCGAAUGUGCAAGAGCAUCAAUUGAUCGAGCUAGGUGAACUUCUUAGCGACAAGCCAUUUGCACUUCAAGGGAACCUUGUGUUCAAGUGUGUUGGCAUGGGAAUUAUGGAUACCGUCGUGGGCGGAGACCUUCUUCAAAUGGCCACAGAGAAAGACGUUGGGCUAGUCGUGGACGACUUUUGAAAAUGGGUUGGAGAAUAAAAGCUGCCGUCCACUCCCUCCCUACACACCAUCUCCGAAAGCGUAGUCCUUCCCCCACCGAGUAUCCCACGGUUUCGACUGAUCAACGAACCUCAAAUCGGUUCCUAGUCGGAUCUUAUUAUCUGGGUCAUGGUUGAUGGUAGAGGCAUGGAUCUAUUUCAUCCGUUAACAAUGGUCAAUCAACGUCUGGGGAAUGGGUUAUGGUUACAUACCGCAUAAGCGUUGUGGAGGACAACGUCUCCGGCUUCAUACUCGGUCAACAACCAUCGACGAUUGUAUCGCUUACCAAACUCCGACGGACCGUCAGCGAGGAGCCCACCACUCAUCAUGUUUUGAUUGAAGGCAUUCUUGGCUUCUUCAUCACUCAGCCCGCUUGCUUUGGCCUUUUUGGUGAAUUGUGUUUCGAUCUCUGCGCCCAAAGUGUGGCCCUUUUCGAGAUAUAUCAAGCCACCUCCUUGUCUGGAUAUGUCGCCGACAGGGAUCCAAGCAGUCACCGCGGUGUCCUCGCCGUAUCGUAGGAAGAUCUGAUCAUAGUGCACUCCGAUCGCUUUGUUCCCUGGUGUAUUGUUCCGCAAGAGUGUCCGGCGGAUACCCAGUGUGUUGUCGCCCCAACCUGUCAGUUUAGCGAUAUAGUCCCGUAGAGCAGGAUGCUUGCAAAAGUCUUCCUUGUACCAAUGCUCCGUGUGGGCUUGAAGAGCCAGGUCGACGAAACAUUGAGCGACUUCAGGAUGUGGUCCGGUUGGACGACCGUUCGAAUCGGUGAAGCCUGCGCCAAUGCCGGGGAAGUCGAGCUUGUCCUUGGACGAGUCAAAAAUACCGUCCACCGGGUCCGUUCCUGGUUUCAGGACGCCACUGGGCGCCAGGAGCUUGAAGUACUCUUCUCUGGCUUUCAGGACGUCGGCGCGAGGUAGUAGGCCUUUGAGAAAGAGAUAGCCAUCCUCUCUAAAUCGCCGGCGCACCUCCUCGAUGGGAGCGUCGAGUGUCG